UACCUUGCACUUCCGCAAAUCAUUCAAAACCAUCGCUCCGAAUUAUCCAAUUCACAAAAUCCACCAAUCCCGAGUCAAAAUGCAACUCCCACUCAAGACCGAAGCCUUGGUGGUGAACAAACCCGGGGGCGAGUUCGAAAUGACUCCGAUUGUCAUCCAAGACCUGAGACCAGACGAGCUGUUGGUGGAGAUGCGAUACUCGGGUGUUUGCCACACGGAUUUCUACCUGCAGGAGGGCUCCCUCGGCGCACUCCUCGAAUUCCCAGCCAUUGCGGGACACGAGGGCGCAGGUAUCAUCCGUGCAAUCGGGUCCCAAGUCACGGACAAAUCCCUCCAAGUCGGCGAUCCGGUACUGCUCUCCUUCACGGCCUGCGGGGAGUGCGGACACUGCGUGAAAGACAGGAACUUCAGCAGGUGCAGUGCGUUCCCGGCGCUCAACCUGACCGCCACGCCACGCCCGGACAGGAGCAGCCCCGCCAAACUGCUGUUGGACGGCCAGCCGGUACGGAGUCAGUUCUUCGGGCAGUCCUCCUUCUCCCGCUUCUCCGCGGUCCGCGAGAACUGCGUGGUCAAGUGCCCCUACCCGGACGACAUGGCGCUCUACGCCCCGAUGGGCUGCGGCUAUCAGACCGGCGCCGGGACCAUCCUCAACGUCCUCAAGCCGAAGCCGGAUCAGACGGUAGCGGUCUUCGGGGCCGGAAGCGUGGGGUUCGCGGCCAUCAUGGCUGCUGCGAGCAUCCCGGUCAAGCAGAUCAUCGCCAUCGACAUUGUGGAGCAGAAGUUGGCACUCGCGAAGGAGCUUGGGGCCACGCAAACGAUCAACUCUUCCAAGCUACAAGGCGGCGGCGUGGUCGCGGCGAUCAAGUCCGUGACAGGAGGUCAAGGAGUGGAUUUUGCGGUUGACACUACCGGAGUGGCGGCCGUUAUCGAGAAGAUGCUGAUGUGUUUGUCCUUUGGAGGAACGGCGGCGUCGGUGGGUGCGCCGCCGAGGGAAGCGAAUAUCAACGUGAACCCCGGGGCCUUUUUUGCCGGCAUGAACAAAUGGGUGACCGUCUCAGAGGGCGACUCACAUCCACCAGAGUUCAUCCCUCAGCUUAUCGACCUUCACAGACAAGGGAAGUUUCCGGUGGACAGAAUUAGCAAGGUCUAUCCAGUGGCUGGGCUCAAGAAGGCUGUCUCGGAUAUGCAUGCCGGAACGGUCAUUAAACCGAUCAUCGAGUUUUGAUUCUUGACAGGAAGAGAGCAUAGAGCGUAGAAUUGGUUAGCAAGCCAUCAUUUUUUGCCAGGCUGAAUGCUUAAGGACUUGGACAUAUACAUUUAUAUGCUGUAUCCCGAGUUCUUCCUCCGCA